CCUGCUCACAGUCGAUCGUUGUAGUAGUGUCCUCAGUUGCAGUCCAGUUGAAGUUAGUGUGCUGUACAAUCAGUGGGAGUAGCCAUUCUACCGUAAUCGGCUACAGGACUUGUUCUUGAUAAACUCUUCAGCGGACCACCAGCUGGGACUGCAUCGAGGAUUGCUUCACGUUAGCAAUCCGCUAAAAGUUUUCAUCUUACCAAGCGUUCGUGCCCAACUUUAAGAUGGAGAUCGUCUUGCCCCGCCGUGCUUUCAAGAAGCAUAAGGCGAGACUGGAUAAGAAGAAUAAGAAGGGAAAAGGUCGACUCGAUGAGGAUGGAUACAACGAGGACCCAAGACGGCGUAUCGACGAAAGCAACUCUAUAUGCUCCAUGGAUGACUUCCUCCAUGAAGACGAUGAUGAAUCUCUCGACGAUGCCGAUUACGAAGACAGACUCAAAGAAAAUCUCGACGGGGCCACCGAGUCGAAGAGCUCCCCAAAACGCUUCCAACAUCUGAUCGCGCUCAGUCGGGAUCUGGCUGAUAAAUACUGUCCGGAUUUCCUCAUUAACAGACCCGCUACCAUGACCGACCUCGUGGAAAAGAGUCUCAAGAAAGGCAAAAGCGAGGAGCAGGGCGCUGCCGCCCAUCUCACCUCGGUCCUCGCACUCCAAUUCGGCGUUUCCCCCGAAGGCACCGAGCUCCUACGAACCGUCCACAAGCUUCUCAUCACAGGAAUGCACAAUGCCAGCAUACCGGCCGCCGCACGGACGAAGAUGGCCACCGCUCUUGGCGUCACCACGUACAUCUCUGAAGACGAUCCUUUCAACAUUCUUCAGGCUAUGGAACAACUGAAGGCGGUCUUCGUCGGCUCGUGCCCGAAAUCAGAUGGGAUCAUGCCCAACGUUCCAGCAGCAGAGUCCGCCGUGCAUCAAGCAGCCAUACAGGCGUGGGGUCUCCUCCUCACGGUCGCAGAAGACCAUUCUCUCGCCUUGAUCGACAAAAACCUGUCGGUUCUAUCUUGUCUUCUGCACGCCUCCGAUGUUGACGUGAGAAUUGCUUCCGGUGAGGUUUUGGCCACCAUGUACGAAAUCGCUCGUGAGCACGACAGUGGUUUCGAAGGAGAUGACCUCGACGGGCUUUGCGAGGAUCUCCAGAUGCUUGCUACAGACUCCCAGAAGUUCCGCGCGAAAAAAGACCGAAAAGUGCAGAGAUCGUCCUUCAGAGACAUCGUCAAAGCCGUUCGGGAUGGCGAAGGACCGGACUUUCGCAUUCAGAUCGGGGUGGAGACUCUACAGGUGAUCACUUGGGAGGAAAAGCGCCUGUACGAUAUUGUCUGUGGCAUCUUGGGUUCCGGCAUGUCACACCACCUCCAAUACAACCCCGAGGUUCGCUCUCUGUUCGGUCUCGGAGCCCCUCUAGUCGUCAACAAAGAUUCCGACGAGCCCGAGAAACCCUCGAAGUUUGAACGUAACGUAGGAAACAUUCUGCGGGGGAAAAUCCACACGAAACGCAUGGCGAAAUGCCGGGACAAGCGCUUAGACCUCAUGUAGGAUUUGUCUAUCGUUUGCGUUGAGGGUACAUACAGAGUUAGGUAACAUGUGAUCGAGGAGUCCGAGUCAACUAGAGGAACGGGAGUCAACGUUGUACAUGGUUGGCCGACUCCGGAAUGUAAAGAGAAAAAUACCCUAGGAAAAGUUGUAACUAUGAUCCGCCAUACGCUUCCGGGUUCGUUUCACGCAAAUUUAGAGAAUUUCAUUGGAACUGUAGCUCCAUCCGGCGUGGGAUCGGGAACCCGCGUUCCCGAAGUCAAAAUCGUGCUCAUAACGAACCUCGAAGUGUCUGCAGCUCGGCCACAGAGUCAUUCUGUUCCGGGGCUUGAUACACGGAAACGUUCAGCUUAGGAAGAUUUAAUAUUUCAUUCAGUUCGCUAAAAUGUGACAUGAAACCUCUGUCGGUCAGGGGUUCGGGUCUUCGAGUCCGUGUUUGGAGUCUUUCCGAACCCUUGCAGAGCUUACGGGUCUCCUUCGCAUGAGCUUCAUCGAGACAUGGAAAAACCCGACAUGUUAAAUUAUGAGAAGUUUUAGUCUGUUAGACAGUUAAGAAAUUUAUUCGUCAAAUCCAUUCGGUUUAACAUCAUCGGCCACAAUAAAGUCAAAAUUUUCAAU